GGUGACCCUGACCAACUCCGGGCUGCUUACCUACUUCGCCAGCCCCAACCACCUUACCGUAGACAUCCUUCCAAAAACCUAAACAAGCCAAAACCAACAAGGCUCCCAGCUGCCCAUACACGGCCGGGCCUGAUCGCCCCCGUCGCAUCGCGCAAUCAUGGUGUUUACAAAACUUUUUGCCCGCGCCGAUGUUUUCUUCGGCAGCAACCCACCCGCCGACUAUAAGGCACCGCCUUUCCCGUCGCUUCACUGGCCGUUAUAUGAAGAAGGGCGCUUUCUUUACGGGGCCCGCGACAUGACCAUCUUCACCCUGCUCUGGACCCUCAGCAUUUACAUGAUCGUACACGUCGGCGCGGCAGUCCUCGCCAUCACCAUGCACCUGGGGAAGCGUUGGUCCAACUGGAAAUAUGUGUGGAUUGUUCCCAUCUUCUACAUUCUCGUAGCUGGAAGUGAGGCCGUUUUAGCCGGGGGUCUCGUCGGUGCCAUGUGCGUGCUGCAACCCCAUACAUGCUCCAUCACUUAACGUAUAUGCUCAGGCAGCCACCCGGCAGGUAGCGACAUGACUACUUGCUUGUUGAUCGAGGGAGCGGGGUCGCGUUUUAACAUUUUAUCCGUGGUACAGACUCAGCGCCGUCUAUAUGUCCGGCCCUUUCCAAAUGUCGACAUGGAUUCCGUUUGUGUGGGGCCUUGUCAACGUCCUCGUCUUGAUCAUCUCGUCCUUCUCAAUUCAGGGUGGCUUAUGAGAACCCGAGCGCAAAACACACAAACAAAUCCACACAGGAGUGCGACCUGGUUGGAAAACCGAUCAGAACCUUUCGCAGUACCCGCCCGACCAUAAUCGUCUCUUGCUCCCAAUAGAACUAGGACCAAGACGGCUCCGUCGAUAUAUCAAUCUUCUUCAGUAGUCGCGCCGGGUUUCCCACGACGCACGAGAAAGGGGGCACGUCUCGGGUAACAAUGCUGCCUGCACCGACGGUGGAUCCCUUGCCGAUGGUAAUACCUGCGAGGACGGUAACGCCGCCACCCAACCAGCAAUCCUCUUCUAUAACGAUGGGCUUGCCGAGCUCAGGGCCGCGGGUCCCAUUGCGGAUUCUGGGGUCCAGCGGAUGCGUCCCGCUGUAAAAAGAACAAUUGGGGCCAAUAAGAGUCCUCGCGCCGACAGUGAUGGUGCACGUAUCGAUCCACGUGCUAUUGGAGUUUACAUAGACAUUUUUCCCAAAUCUAGACGAUACGAAACGCAUGGCCAAGGCGCUGUUAGCGGGUAAAUGGGGAACCGGACGGGUUGGACAUAAAAUAAGGUUAAAAUAGCUUGGGAGUCUCGGGGCGACCGAGGUGGGAAAAGGGAGGCAAAAAUGGUGAGAAAUCAUUACUUCACGUUGUACCCAUAAUCCAUCUUGGUUAUCGGGCCAUCGAUCCAUGGAUAUUCUUCGAAUAGCGCAUCGUCAUUUUCAGCCGUGGCAGCCACCAGCGGUAGUGGGGACAAAUCACCCGCCAACCUAUUAAACAAAUAAAACUGUUCUCAGAUAUCAUAGAUACUAUUUGCUUUUGCAAUAAACUGGGCGGGAGAUAGGUUUGGAGCAGGUCAAACAAUAGGAAGGACCCCUGUUAAUACCAAGGAAGGGAUUGAACCAUAAAGUGGUUUUUUGCAAAUACUUACUCGUUGAGAAGCUGAACGAGCUCCCUACGCG